CCCCCAGCCUGCCACCCGGGAAGACCAAACAUGUCGGGCCAGCAGACUCCAGAAGACGGCCUCUACGGCUCCUGGGUGGAACUGGAGGAGUUGAUCGCCGCCGUGAGCCGCCGGGAGAGUCUGACGGGGCCCGAGGACAGCAUCUCCUCCGCCCUGCAGGGGGAGCUGGAGAGGAUCCUGCUGGAGGCGCAGCUGGAGUGCGAGAGGAAUCGAGACAGCCCCGCACAGGCCGGGACCCCGCGGUCGAACGCCUCGCCGAGACCUCCUAGCGAUCCUGACAGUGAUUGUAUCACCAUACAGGAGGAGACUGACAGGAGAGUGGACACUGACUGGGUCUGGGACUGGUCCAGCAGGCCUGAAAACAUGCCCCCCAAAGAGUUCAUGUUCCAGCACCCCAAGCAGUCGAGCUCGCUCAGCAUUCGCAAGACGGAGGUGAUGAAGAAGCGAGGCCUCUUCUCGUCCGACGUGCUCCUCGUCCUCGUCCCCUCGCUGCUGGCCUCGCAUCUCCUCACGCUGGGCAUCGGAAUCUACAUCGGAAAACGUUUGGCCACGUCCACAACUAGCACGCUGUGACAUUACCUAGCCCCUUCCCCAGUAAGGUCGCAAUCUUAGUACCUCGCCCGUUUGCAUUUGUGUGCAUGUGUGCGUGCGUGGGUGUGCGUCUGUAUUUGUAGCCAUGUUGAUAGGACCCUUCAGGGUGCUUGGUGGGGGGGGGGGGGUUGAAUGUUGUCCACUGAGUCACGCUGAGGUCACUUCAGCCUCUAAAAACUAAUGAGAGAAAAGGACUUGAUGAUCCAACAACAAAAAGAAAAGGAAGAAAAAACAAACAAAGAGGACGCUACGUUCGGGGAAUAUUUGCCAGCCCUUUGGACGACCUUGGGGCUGCAAAUAAAAGCUGUCAUUUGUCACAAGUAAUGACUCUUUGUACAUCUAAAAAAGUACUCCCCC